AUGCUGUUGUUGCCGGCGACGGCAGAUGGUUGUUUCUUCAAGGUUGUUGUUCCAUUGGGUGGGGCUAAUCCCCGCAUUUGACUGGACGCUUUGGCCUCAUCACAAGCUUGAAGCUCUCUGAGCUGCACCUUUCGCCCGGAGCUGGCCUAGGGUUCACCAUUCACAUCAUCCGGCCGAGCGUAAAUCGUCACUGAUGAUAAAAGAUCCUCGGUCCGGACUCGAUAUGAGUGACGUCUCUGAUGUAGAUAAUACUCAUUGGCCUCCCAACCCUUACUCCGCACAAAUUCAGCAUUGCAUUCCUCAUCCUUCCUACCUUGAACUAAGACAAGUACUCAAGUACAGCUAAAUCAAUCACAAUGGCAGCUAAGCCUGAAACUAUCCUGCGCGAGGUCAACAUUCUCGGCGACCUGAACGACAAGAACCGUCAUAUCCUCAGCAAGGAUGCUGCUGUCUUCCUUACCAUCCUACAUCGCACAUUCAAUGAGCGCCGGAAAGCUCUCCUCCAGCGACGUGUAGUUCGCCAAGCUGAGCUCGACAAGGGAAACCUGCUCGAUUUCCUUCCAGAAACCAAGCACAUUCGUGAGAACGAUGCAUGGAGGGGCGCACCACCAGCUCCUGGCCUUGUGGACAGGCGAGUAGAGAUCACUGGCCCAACGGACCGCAAGAUGGUUGUCAACGCCUUGAACUCGGAUGUCUGGACAUAUAUGGCCGACUUUGAGGAUUCGACUGCACCAACAUGGGACAACAUGAUUAACGGUCAACUCAACCUCUAUGAUGCGAUUCGCAAGCAGGUCGACUUCAAGCAGGGCGAGAAAGAGUACAAGCUCCGCACUGACCGUACACUCCCCACUCUCAUUGCCCGUGCUCGAGGUUGGCACCUCGAGGAGAAGCAUUUCACUGUUGAUGGCGAGCCCAUUGCCGGUGGACUGUUCGACUUUGGUCUCUACUUUUUCAACAAUGCACACGAGCUCGUCAAGAGCGGAUCUGGUCCAUAUUUCUACCUGCCUAAGAUGGAAUCGCAUCUUGAGGCGAGGCUGUGGAACGACGUCUUCAAUUUGUCUCAGGAUUACAUCGGCAUGCGACGAGGCACCAUUCGAGGCACAGUUCUGAUCGAGACCAUCACAGCUGCUUUCGAGAUGGAUGAGAUCAUCUACGAGCUACGGGAUCACUCUUCCGGCCUCAACUGCGGUCGCUGGGACUACAUCUUCAGCGUCAUCAAGCGCUUCCGCCAGAACCCCAACUUUGUCCUCCCCAACCGAGACUCCGUCACUAUGACUGUACCUUUCAUGGAUGCAUACGUCAAGCUGCUCGUCAAGACUUGCCACAAGCGAGGCGUUCAUGCUAUGGGAGGGAUGGCUGCUCAAAUCCCCAUCAAGACCGACAAAGCCGCAAACGACGCUGCCAUGGCCAAGGUUCGCGCCGAUAAGCUGCGCGAGGUACGUGCUGGCCACGACGGCACCUGGGUUGCUCACCCAGCGCUCGCUGCCAUUGCUUCCGAUGUCUUCAACACGCACAUGCCCAGCCCCAACCAAAUGCAUAUCCGCCGUGAGGAUGUCCACAUCACUGCAAACGACCUGCUGAACAUGAACGUACCCGGAAAGGUUACCGAGGAGGGCAUUCGCCAAAAUCUAGACAUUGGUCUCACCUACAUGGAAGCCUGGAUUCGAGGUGUCGGCUGCGUGCCCAUCAACUACCUCAUGGAGGACGCCGCUACCGCCGAAGUAUCCAGGAGUCAGCUCUGGCAAUGGACAAGACACGAAGUUGACACGGCUGAAGGCAAGAAGGUCACCAAGGCCUACUCUCUCAAGCUUCUUGGUGAGCAAGCACAGGCGCUGGCCAAGAAGGCACCAAAGGGCAACAAGUUUUCGACAGCAGCCAAGUACUUUGAGAGCCAGGUGACUGGUGAGGACUACGCCGAGUUCCUGACAUCACUGCUGUACAACGAGAUCACAAACGUGGGACCGCCAGCGGGUGCCGCGAAGUUGUAGAUGUGACGCAUUGCUUUUCCUGGUGUUGGUUUCACGACUAAAAUGUACUCUCCAUGUGUUCUGCUGUAUACUCACGAUAUCAUGUUCAGGCG